AUGGGCAAAAAACUCUCGGCAUCUUUAACAAAACCCAAAUCUGGCGGCGUUGUCGUCCCGGCAUCCACAGGAUCAACAGCUGUCGAUGGGGUCCCCAAGCUAGUCCGUCAGGACUCUGGCGUGGAUGUCACAAAGACCGGCCAGGGCAAGCCGCUACCAGUCACCCUUCUCUCGGGCUUCUUGGGCAGCGGUAAAACGACACUGCUUCAACACAUUCUCAAGAGUGACCACGGCCUUCGCAUUGCUGUUAUUGUUAACGAUAUCGGGGCGGUCAACGUCGACGCGUCCCUCAUCAAGAAGACCCACCGGCUUACAAAGACGGAAGAGAAGGUCAUUGCACUACAGAACGGCUGCAUCUGCUGUACGCUCAGAGGUGAUCUACUGGAAGAGCUUGUCAACCUGUCCGAGCUUCACGAGUUUGACUAUGUAAUUAUCGAGAGCAGUGGUAUCAGCGAGCCUGAACAAGUUGCAGAGACGUUCGAUGCCCGGCUGGCAGAGCAGAUGGCCACGAUGGGUGAGGGACCUGAGGGUCUGGAUGAGGAUACCAUGAAGUUGCUCAAGAGGCUGGCUGAUGCUGGUGGAGUGGACAAGUUCGCUCGUCUUGAUACUACCGUCACCGUCAUCGAUGCCUUCACAAUCUUUAACGAUUUCCACACCAGCGAUCUGCUAUCUUCCAGACGAGAUGACGUCGUACCGGAAGACGAACGAACCGUAUCAGACCUGAUGGUUGAUCAGAUUGAAUUUGCAGACGUAAUAGUCCUUAACAAGAUCGACAUGGUCACAAAGAAUGACCGCGGCCGCGUAUUGGACUUGAUCAAGAAGCUCAACCCACGAGCCAAGAUCUUGGAGGCCAGCUACAGCAAGAUCGACGUGAACGAGAUCGUCAACACCAACACAUUCGACCUCAAGGUUGCCCAGUCUGGUGUUGGCUGGCUCCAAGACUUGCACGCCAUGACAGUUCGCGAGGUCAACGGUCGCAAAGCCAUUACACCAAAGCCAGAGACGGAAGAGUACAAUGUCCGCAACUUCAUCUACACGAGGACAAGGCCUUUCCAUCCCAGACGUCUCUGGUCUCUCCUUUACGACAAGUUCAUCCUGCAGAUGGAGGAGCCAGAAGGCGAUGAAGACGAAGACGCCAUGGAUGAAGAUGAUGACGAUGAAGACGUGAACGACAAGAAAGACGAGGAGGAAUGGGAAGACGACGAGUCGGAGGCGGACGAAGGCGACGACAACGAGGACGCAGACAUGGAAGACCCGCUCGAACCCCCCUCCAACGAAGUGAUCCUCGCCAACAAGACCGCCAACCCCCUCUUCAACCGCCUCUUCCGCUCAAAGGGCGAAUUCUUCCUCGCGACGCGGCCGCACAGGGCGGGUGACUGGUCCCAAGCGGGCGCGAUGCUGACGAUGACGGGCGGCCGCCCCUGGUUCUGCACGCUGGAUCCUGGAGACUAUCUCACGGGCGACCGCGAGGUCGAUGCCCUCGUCACGCACGACAUCAAGAAGGGCGGUGAGUGGGGCGACCGCCGGCAGGAGAUGGUAUUUAUUGGCGAGAGGUUAGAUAUCGAGGGUUUGGAGGCUGCGCUGGAUGCGUGUUUGCUCGACGACGAGGAGUGGAGGAAGUGGCAGAAGGUGAUGCGACAUAAGAGGUGGGAUGACGAGAAGAAGAGGGAUAAGUUGCAGGAUCUGUUUGAUGAUGGGUUUCCGGAUUGGGCGGAGGAUGGGGAGGACCAUGAGGGACAUGAUCAUUCUUGA